AUGGCGGAUCAACUCAACAUGAACGGCCUCAGUCUUGGGGGCAACUCAUACAGACCUCCACAUAUGCGAGGAAAGAUGGGACAAGAUAGUAUGGCAGGCCCAGGUCCAGGACCAGCUCCCGGAGCCACUGGAAUCAACGGAAGCGCAUGGGCGAACAACAACAACGGCUAUGCUGGUGGUGCCCCUCCACAAAACUGGGGUCCUAACGCCCAAGCCCAAACAUUCACUCCUCAAGGAGGUCCUCCAGCACGAGGCGGAUGGAACGACCAGGGAAAGUCUUCGUUCAACCCUCACGCGUAUGGAAGCCCAAGUGGCAACGGCAGUGGUGGCGGCGGUGGAGCUCCUCGUGGAGGUGGUGAUGGCAGAUGGGUUGACGGCAAGCAUGUUGCUGGACCAGCCAACCAACGUAUGGAACGCGAGCUUUUUGGUGUCCCAGAUGACCCAACCAAACAGCAGACCGGUAUCAACUUCGAGAAGUACGAUGAUAUCCCAGUCGAGGCAUCCGGACAUGAUGUACCAGAGCCAGUCCUUACCUUCACCAACCCUCCUCUCGACGACCAUCUGAUCAAGAACAUCGAGCUUGCUCAUUACAAGGUCCCAACCCCAGUUCAAAAGUACUCGAUUCCUAUCGUUAUGGGUGGUCGUGAUUUGAUGGCUUGUGCUCAGACUGGUUCAGGAAAGACUGGUGGUUUCUUGUUCCCAAUCUUGUCCCAAGCUUUCCAAACCGGUCCUGUUGCUGCACCAGCUGCGGGUGGUGGUAACUUUGGUCGUCAACGCAAGGCCUACCCAACCUCAUUGAUCCUUGCUCCUACUCGUGAGCUUGUUUCUCAAAUUUACGAUGAGUCCCGCAAAUUCGCUUAUCGAUCUUGGGUCCGCCCAUGUGUCGUUUAUGGUGGUGCAGAUAUUGGUUCUCAGCUACGACAAAUCGAGCGUGGAUGUGAUCUUUUGGUUGCUACCCCAGGUCGUCUCGUCGAUCUCAUCGAGCGUGGCCGCAUUUCUCUCCAGAACAUCAAGUACUUGGUUCUUGAUGAGGCUGAUCGUAUGUUGGAUAUGGGUUUCGAGCCACAAAUCCGAAGAAUCGUAGAAGGGGAAGAUAUGCCGGGCGUUCAACUCCGUCAAACACUCAUGUUUUCAGCCACCUUCCCCCGGGAUAUCCAAAUGCUCGCCAGAGAUUUCUUGAAGGACUACAUCUUCCUGUCUGUUGGCCGUGUUGGUUCCACCUCAGAGAACAUCACCCAGAAGGUUGAGUACGUCGAGGAUGGAGAUAAGCGAUCUGUUCUUCUCGAUAUUCUCCACACUCACGGUGCUGGUUUGACCUUGAUCUUCGUCGAGACCAAGCGUAUGGCCGAUUUGCUCUGCGAUUUCCUCAUCGGACAAAAUUUCCCAGCUACCUCUAUCCACGGUGACCGCAACCAAAGAGAGCGUGAGCGUGCUUUGGAGAUGUUCAGAAAUGGUCGUUGCCCAAUUCUCGUUGCUACUGCUGUGGCUGCUCGUGGUAUGUACUGA